AUGCCGCCAAAGCCCAAAGCUUCAAGAUCCCGCUCUCCCAGCAAGUCGCCGAUGAAGUCUCCCCAGAAGUCGCCGUCCAAGCUGCUUUCCAAUGACGAGUCUCCUGAAUAUGUGAACAAUACAAAUAUCAAGGUGAUUGUGCGGUUCAGACCAGAAAACGAAAUGGAGAGAGUCAGUGGGGCCACAAACAUUGUUAGUUACCAUUCUGAUCAGCAGAGCGUUUCGGUUUCUGUGGCGUCCAACUCCAACAGCUUCACUUUCGACCGUAUAUUUGACGAGAACACCCGACAAGAAGAAAUCUUUAACUAUUCUGUUAAACAAACAACAGACGAUCUUGCACAGGGAUACAACGGAACGGUUCUUUGCUACGGACAAACUGGAUCUGGUAAAUCGUACACGAUGAUGGGCGAUCUUGGAGAUGACGAAAGUAAGGGUCAAACACCUCGGAUCUUUGAGCAGAUAUUCCAGGGGAUCGAGAAUUCACCGAAAACACUGGAAUACACAGUGGGUGUUUCUUAUUUGGAGAUCUACAACGAGAACCUCAGAGAUUUGCUGAAUCCAAAGAACAAUUCCAAACUGGGCAUUCACGAAAACAAGGUGGACGGAGUUUACGUUAGCAACCUCGAAACUUUGUAUGUUUCGAACCUGAAUGACGUUUACACGAUACUGGAUCAGGGUAACAAGAAUAGAAGUGUUGGUGCCACAAACAUGAACGAGCAGAGCUCCAGAUCCCACGCAAUUUUCCAGAUCAGACUCAACUCGAAGAACCUCGAAGACGGGAUAAUCAAGACAGGUAACCUGUUUUUAGUCGAUCUGGCUGGAUCAGAAAAAAUCGACAAAACAGGUGCUACAGGUCAGCUUUUGGAAGAAGCCAAGAAGAUCAAUUCGUCUUUAUCUGCGCUUGGAAAUGUGAUUUACUCGCUGACAGAUGAAAAGACGACGCAUGUUCCCUACAGAGACUCCAAGCUCACCCGCAUUUUGCAAGAGUCGCUUGGAGGGAACUCCAGAACCACGCUGAUAAUCAACUGCUCCCCUUCCUCGUUGAACGACCAAGAGACCCUAUCGACGCUGAGAUUUGGUUCUCGGGCCAAACAUAUCAAGAACAGCGUCCACAUCAACAGUGAACUCAGUAACAACGAGUUGAAGAAACGGUUUUUGGAACAGGCCAAGAUCAACGAGGAGAAUAACCACAAGAUCCAGAAACUCGAGGCACGCAACGGCACUUUGGAAGAAGAGAAUGCCAGGCUCAAGGAAGAGCUCGAAAAAUACAAAGGACUAUCUAGCAUGAAUGGUUCCUCCGACGAAAUUAUGAAGCUCAACGACAAGAUUGUUCAACUUGAAACGUCACAUUCGAGCCUGACGAAGGAGCUCGACCAAAAGACUGCGCGAAUAACAGAGCUCGAAAGCGGUGCUGUCGAGUCGAAGGAAAGUCUUGUCAAAUUGGAAGCUUUGGAAAAAGCCAUCGAACAUUUCUCAGACCACAUCGAGCAGGUUGAAACCCAGAACAAGCAGUUGAAGAAAGACAUCCAUUCGUUGCAACAGAUGAGUAAUUUGAAGAAUACCAAGAUCAAGGAGCUGGAGCAACAGUUGAAGGGCCAGGAAAAGCUGGUCGAGCAGGACGCUGACCUGUUUGAGCAGAAACUCAACCAUCUUAAGGGAAGAGUGGUUUCUCACAGAGCGAAACAGCGAAGCGUCUCUGACGGGAAGGAAAAUUCGAUAUCGAGCGACCUAAUACGAAGCAGACCUUCGAGCAAGAAUCGGAUCGGACUCAACUUGAGAAUCGUCAAGCCAAUGAGAGGAGGACGACAAGGAACAUGA